UCUACGGCUACGGCCUUCACUUUUGACAUUUGUAAUCCAACAAGACGAAAAUUCUAAUUUGUUUCGGACGACAAGUAAAUAUAAAUAAAAGAAAAAUAGACUGAUAAAAAACCGAAAUUUAGCAUGGAGGGAAUACUCUGGAAGUGGACUAAUUAUUGGAACGGCUGGCAGACAAGAUGGUUUGUAUUGGAAAAUGGUAUUAUUUCAUAUUAUAAAUCGCAAGAAGAAGUUUGCCAAGGAUGCAAAGGAUCUGUCAAAGUUUCUGUUUGCCAAAUCAAUGUUAACUCAAUAGACAACACAAGGCUUGAUAUAGUCAUACCAGGACAGCAACACAUGUAUUUGAGAGCUCCCUCCCCACAAGACAGACAAAAAUGGCUGGUAGCAUUAGGCAGUGCCAAAGCUUGUGUGGACUCCAAAGACUUAAAAGCUGCUGCGUUGGAAGAUACAAAUUCUUUGAGCCACAAGAAGUCUGAGUUGCGAUUAUAUUGUGAUCUGAUGAUGCAGCAAGUGCAUGCAGUCAAGAGUGCAGCUACUGCUGAAGGAGGCCCUGAAACUCAGGCAAUUGAAGAUGCAUCAAGUUUACUCACAGCAACUUGUGACACCUUCAUAAGAACACUAGAAGACAUUAUGAGAUUAAGUUCUAAUGCAGGUGCAAAUUCUGCCCCUUUUGAGAUGCCAAUACCAAAUAUUACUAAGAAUAACAGCACUGUAAAAACACCUAGACAAAGUAUAAAUAGAACUUUAUCACAAGAAAAUAGAUGAAAAUGUACUAUUUUUUAUUAUUUAUUCAUAGAUUAUAUAAAAAAUCAUAAUAUGUUAUAUUCAAUUGUUUAUACAACAGGUGAUACAGUUAUUGCUUUCUAAAAUGUACCAAAAAUUGAGGUUAAAAAUAUUGCAUAUUGUUCUGGGCAUAAUGUAGUAACUGUGUUAUGAAUACUUUUUAUUUUUUUUUGAUAAAAUACGUUAUGUAUUUUAUAGCAAUAUCAUAAAGUAUUGAUGUAUACAUACAUAUCUUAAACAUUGUACUUACUCUUUGCUAUUACAAAAGUUGUGAUAUCUUGAUCACACCUCAAGUGUUUUUGUGUUCCUUGUACUUAUAUGUAUUGUGCUUGCAUAAUAAUAUAUUCCUGUGAUAUAAAUAAGUGAAGCAGCUGUUUAUCACA